UCACAUGACAUCAUCCAGGAUGCAGAGACAAGAGGAGCAGAUACUCUGCUGAAGGACAGAGACUGAUGGACGAGGACCUGAUGUGUUUCUCCCUCCUCCUCCUUCCCAUCUUGGGUGGUUCAUGUAAGCAACCUCCACUCGCUCUCCAAACAUCCAUCCUUAUGAAGCGCUGCGGUGUGAGGUGUGAUGUCAACGCUGAGCUCUCACAGCUCUCCAGACAAGUCUAAAGGAGGAUCGAGGAGAGGAGACGAGACUGCUGAAAACUUCUAAGAAGCCCCAAAAGUGCCACUAGACACACAAGUUUGCAUCCUGAAAACAGCAGAUUCACUCCUCAGACAUGGAGUCAAAAACUGAUGCUGGACCAGCAUCGAUGACCAGCGAAGAACUGGCUGCCAUUGAGGAUGAAGAGGUUCUCAACAAGAUGCUGGACAAUGCUGCAGAUUUUGAAGAGAGACGAAUGAUACGUGCUGCAUUGAGGGACCUGCUCAAGAAAAAGAGAGAUAAACGGGAGCAGGAGCGAGGGUCGAGGCAGCAGGACUUGAGACAGCAAGGCCUGAGCAAAGGAGGAACAACAGGCGGAGCUGUUAGCAUAGGCAGAGCGUCCAUGAACCAGCAGCUACCAACAAACAAGCCAUCAGGCCAGCCCUCUCCAUCAGCCUCCACUCUUUUAAACAGGACAGCAGGCGGCAUGGCCAGUCCUGCUGUAGCCUCAGCCCAAAAAUGUCCUCCUGCUGCAGCACCCAAUGCUAAAAAUGUCAAACAGAUGCUUCUGGACUGGUGCAGAGCCAAAACAGAGCCAUAUGAGGGGGUGGACAUCCAUAACUUCUCCUCAAGUUGGAAAGACGGCAUAGCCUUCUGCGCCUUGGUGCACCGGUUCUUCCCUGACGCGUUCGAGUACUCCAUCCUUAACCCCAACAAGCCCAGGGAAAACUUCCAGCUGGCUUUCAGCACUGCAGAGAGGCUGGCAGGCUGCCCACCUCUGCUGGACGCUGAUGACUUAGUCCGGAUGAAAGAGCCCGACUGGAAGUGUGUGUACACGUACAUCCAGGAGUUCUACCGCUGCCUGGUGGAGAAAGGCUUGGUCAAAACCAAAAAGCGACUGUAGACUCUCAGAAGUCAGACAGCUUUCAUGAUUGGCUGUGCUUUCAAUUUUUAUAACUAAUACACACACACAUAAGCACAAGCUAAGGUCAAAAAGAUAAUAUUAUGCACCUUUUUCAACUGAAUAUUUACAUUUUGUCUCCAUGAAGGAGAAGUAUUUGAUGUGUCUGGCUGAUGCAUCAUGUGAGUGUAAAUGCGGAGUGUUUAAUGUGUGGUAUUGGUAUCGGUUUGUGUGUUAGCAGGGAUUUGGGGGUGUCCAUGUGCUCUCAGUGGACAGCUGGCGCUUAGGAUCAGUACAUUCCACUGAGAUUACACAUCUGCAUUAAUCCCAGUCAGAGCCACAGUAGGUCUGGGAACGAAUUGUAUGAUGAUGCUGUUGAGGGCCUGAGUGUGUGAGUAUUAAAGACACGUUUAAUAAAUAUCCAUUCCAUUA